UUUUAAUUUAUUUGGUGUCAGUUUGAUUAAUUUCUCUUGAUUUUGUUGAAAAUUUUCUGGAAAUUUUGAGGGGGUUUUGGGAGGGUUUUUCCCCAAUUUUUUGAUUCACCAUGUCCAAGUCUCGAAAGCAACCUGCAAGUAGAAGGUUAAGGCCUGAGUUCAAGAUGGCCAGGAAAUUGCGGGUGAUUUAUGAUGACCCUUAUGCAACUGAAUCAUCUGAUGAUGAGUACUAUCAUUCAAGGGAGAAGAAGCCCAGGAAAAUCAAAAGAUGCAUCACUGAGAUUCCUCUUCCUCCUCUUGUUCCUGUCGUCACUGAACCUAACACCUUUGCUGAGAAGAAAAUCAACAUGAGCAGCAACAAUGUUGUUGAGGUUCACAACAAGAAGAGGGUUUCAACCCAGAACCCUUCAACAAGGAGGCAACCCUCUUGCAAGUACAGAGGUGUUCGACAGAGGAAGUGGGGGAAGUGGGCUGCGGAGAUUCGUGACCCGUUCAAAGGUGCCCGUCUCUGGUUAGGCACUUACAACACUGCUGAAGAGGCUUCCCAAGCCUAUGAGAACAAGAGGCUCGAAUUUGAAGCCAUGGCUAAGGCUCUUGUACCCAACAAUGGGUCUUCUGAUAAGGGUUCUGCUUCAAACUCUUGCUCUGCUGCUGCUCCUGCUGAAGGUUCUGCAUCAGAGAAAUCAUCUUCUGCUGCUGAUGUUUCUGAUGACUCUGAUAGCAUGUUCUCACACCCAUCACCUUCCUCUGUGCUUGAUGUGGAUGCCUCAGCUAACAAUUUGAUUGAGAAUGAUGAUAGCUCUAGUAAUGAAGCUCCUGAUGCUGAUGCCACUGAGGCCUGUGACAUGGUUGCUGAAUUGGCUGGUCUAGAAAUACCAGACUUGAGUCUCCUGACCUUGCCUCCAUCCGCACCACCAACUGUUGCUGAUGCUGUUGUUCCAGCUGGUACUGAGCCAAACCCUGUGCUUGAUUUUGAUUUCAUAUUUGAUUAUCCAGGACAGGGCUUUGAUGAUGAUACCAACUUUGGUGGUGGCCUAGAGGAUAUCCCAAUUUUUGGGUUUGACGACAAUGUGCCUAGCCAGCUUCCUGAUUUCGAUUUUGGUGAUUUUGGUUCUGAUGAGUUUGCUGGUUGGAUUGAGGAACCCUUCCAUAUACCCUGCGCCUAAAGUUUUGCAGCUAUUACAUAGGAAUAAAGAUGAAGAGUAAUACAUAGUUAUAUAAGUCUAAGUUAUGUUGGUUCUAUUGUACUAGUUUUGUGAGAUCUCAGGAACUGCAAAGCCAGUUCCUCAGGAACUGCAAAGCCAGUUCCUGAGUUAGUAGUGGCGAGUUUAUAUUUAUUUUGUUUAUUGAGAGAGUAUGUUAAUGUUAUAUCAGUGCGAUGUAUUAGAGAAUCCUUCGGGUUUUCCCGUGCUAUUAGAGCUGUCCAAGGGUUCAACCAAUUUUGUAGUUUCGAAGUUCUAUUGCGGAGUAUGAAAUGAACUUCAGGUUUUGCUUGCAAAAAAAAAAAAUCUUUACUAUUUCUUUCUCAUUGUAGAUUCACUACAAAACCUAACACCUUGUUAUUUGAACCUUAAGCUUAGUCCUUUUUGUUUUAGAUUCUUUUCUAGGUAAUAUAAUAGAAUUUCCAAGUUAACUGUAGCUAUGUGUCCAUGUCAACUUGGAUUUGUGUCAAGGGACUAUUUUGUUACUUAUUGUCAUUGCCUUAUUUGUAUAGGUUACAUAACCAAAGGUUGGCCCUCUGAAUAUUAACUUUCAAUAAUGAUUAGUGAACCCCAGUACAAUGUCGGCGUACAUUAGACACCCAACACAUAGUGGAGGGAGCAACUGAGUUAGUACAAUGUGUUCGGUUCAUUUGAUAUUGACCAAAUAAAACACUUCCCCAAAUAUGUGAAUGUUAUUAACCACAAUAUAUUAGUUGUAUAUAUUGACCAAUUAAUAGAAAUACUUAACCCCAUAUUUGAAUCUUACUAACCACAUUAUUUCAAUUGCUUAUUAUUAGAGGCGAGGAUUGCUAUACCCUUUAUAAUGUGACUAUUUUGGCCAUAUCUCUAGUUGGGACUUCUCAAAACACCCCACACCCAAGAAUAGAAAUCUGGAGUGUGUAAUUUGCAGGAAUGAACAUCUGCGGGUGACCCAUAUAUGGAUGGUCUCCAAUAAACAGAUAUAGGAUAGUGUUAGGGUUCUAAAUAUUAGAUGUUUAAUUUAGGCUAAAAAACACUUUUGGCCCCUGAUGUUUUAAGUUUGUGCAAAUUUUACCCCUACUCUAUUUUUGUCGACGCUUCUACCCUCAAUGUUUCAAAAAUGUGCACUGUCUGCCCUCCGUCACUUUGACGUUAAAAAAUUAACGAAAUGAGCUUUAUUGGCACUAGCAAUGCCACCUCAGGAUCUACGUGGCAUGAAGGAAGAACAAAAGUUAUAAUAUAAAUAAAACUGUGUUGCAAAAUAUAACAAUUAUGUAUGUAGUUCAACUGGUAAAGGGUUUGUUUUUCCAACUUGAGUUUGAAUCCCCCUCACCUCUUUUUUCAAGUUCUGAUUAUAAUUAGUGAUGUGUCACGUCACGUAGAUGCUGAUGUGGCAUUGCUAGUGCCAACUAAGCCCCUUCCGUUAAUUUUUUAACGUCAAACAGAUGGAGGGGCAGAUAGUGCACAUUUGUGAAACAUUGAGGGUAGAAUUAUCGACAAAAAUAGAGUAGGGGCAGAAUUUGCAUAAACUUGAAACAUCAGGGGCCAAAAGUGCUUUUUAGCCUUUAAUUUAUUUGGUUAGAAAAUAUAGGAGAUUAGUUGGAAAGUUGAAUUACCUCACUAUUACUCAGCUAGACAUUUCAUUUUCUGUUAGUGUGGUGGUAAGUCAAUUUUCGCAUACUGAAGUAUAUUAAAGGAGCUCCAGGGAAAGGUUUAUUGUACGAAGACAAGGGACAUACACAAGUUGUAGGAUACUCAGAUGCAGAUUGGGCAGAUUCUCCUUCUGAUAGGAGAUCCACCUCUGGGUGAUAACUUAAUUUCCCUGAAGAGUAAGAAACAAAGUGUAGUGGAAAGAUCAAGUGCGGAGGCUGAUAUCCAGCCAUGGCUGCGGCUACAUGUGAACUUAUUUGGCUCAAACAGUUGCUUCACGACUUGAGAUUUGGGGAUGUUUCACAGAUUACAAUUAUUUGUGACAAUCAGGCAGCCUUCCAUAUUGCCUCAAACCCAGUGUUCUCUGAGAGGACCAAACACAUUGAGAUCGAUUGUCAUUUCAUCAGAGAAAAUUUUAUCUGGAGAUAUCAACACUAGAUUCGUCAAUUCAAAUGAUUAGUUAGCUGAUGUUUUUACUAAGUCUUUGAGCGGUCCUCGAGUUAGUUAUAUUUGUAACAAGCUUGGUGCAUAUGACAUAUAUGCUCCAGCUUGAUGGGGAGUGUUAGAUAUCUUGUAAAUAAGUAGGAUAUCCUUUAUUAAUUGUAAAUAGGUAGCAUAAUCAUGUAGUUAGGGAAAUAAGAUAUUUUGUAUGUAUUGUACCUUUAUGGUACCUAUUAUAUAUAAUGAGUUCCGCUGUGAAGUUGGAAUGCACGGAUUCACCAAAUUCCUCUUGUCUCUUUCUUUUCAUUCAACAACUCUUAUUUUUAAUAAACUAACCCUAUAAAGAUAGACUCUUAAAAUAAAAUAUAAGGUUCUAAAAUGAAAGAUAGAUUCUUAAACUAAAUGAUAGACUCUGAUUCCAUCUUAGAAUUUGGGCUAUGCCUAACUGUACCCGAAAAGCUAGCGUAGAGGUAAUUGUUGCUCUACCCUUUAUAAGGACUAUUUGACCAUAUCUCUAGUCAAUGUGGGGACUUCUCAACACUUAUAUGUUACAUAGACUUGGUUGAGUUAAUGAUAAUGCAUACCAUUUGGUUCAAAGUUCAAACUGCGUUGACCAAAUAAUAUACUCAAUUAACCUGAUAUUUGACUGUUAUUUAUCAGUCCUAUAUAUUUUUUCAUAUCACAAAGAACACAUGUAUGUUAACCAAAUAAUAGAAAUACUUAACCACAUAUUUUUUGGAAAAACCAAAUAUAUAUUAAUAAGGGCCCCCAAUGUUCAAAAGCAAGCUUACAAAGGAAGACAACAAAACAACAAUUAAAGGAAAGAAAAAGAAAACAAAUACAGGAACAAACAAGAAAAACAAAGUUGUAUACAAGCACCACUUUCGAAUCUUUUUAACUACAAUAUAUUAAUUGUGGUGACUAAGUGUGUCCAAUGUAUGUCUACACUGCCCCUGGGCCUAGAUAUCAUUAUUGAUUUACUUUUCCCUUCCUUGUUCAUAGUGUGUAUUUCAUCUUAUUGUCUUCUAGUAAGAUUCAUUGUUUUACAUAUAGUGUU